AUGGAAACAUUCCGUGAGCGCACAUUAGCCAAUCGUUAUCAACCGCGUCAACACCUCCCACCCGAGUUUCCUGGGGUAUUGAAGGAAUAUGCCCGCGAGGUGCUACGGGAGCAACCGGAAGAUAUUUUGCAGUGGAGUGCCAACUACUUCAAACGACUAGCACGUGAGAUGGACGCAAAACCUGCCGGAGAGCAUCGUAUGACGGCACCAGCGUUGCCACACCUCGAAUCACGACCCAACACACGGGAGGAGGAAGAGGAGGAAUAUGGGGAGCGGUUGCAGCAAUAUAUAGAUAUGUUUGUUGAACAUGAUAGCGAAAACAAUGGGGUUCUACCCGUGAAGGCGAUUAAGGAGGCUUUACUCAAAUCAUACGGAUUAACUCUUCCCCAAGCUCUCUAUGUUCUGACGGCCACGCAACUGGUUGAGAAGGAACCAGUGAACUAUGCAGAGUUCGCGUGUGAGUCGUUUCCAGCGUUGCGUUUCGUUUGGAGUACCGAGCACAACUUUCAGGUGAGCAACCGCGAGGAUACCACUGUACAUGGGCUUUCAAGGAUUGACGUGCAGCAGGAAUUUUUGAAACUUUUACGCUUCGCUGACCGAUCCGAUACUUCUUUGCUAUCAAUUGACCAGUAUAUGGAUGUACUGCGCUGCGCACCUUACCAUCUCACAACUCGUGACCUUCGGAUUUUACGGGUUGAAGCUGAGCUUAACGAGCGCCACGAGGUAAACUAUGAAGAGGAACUGCUCCACAUAUUCGAUCGACUUCUGUUGGCAGAACAGUUUGCUCAGUUGGACAGUGACGACUGA